AACCAACCCUCAUUAUUAAGAAUAACCAAAAAGAAAAAAAGUAAAAUUCCAUAACCAAGAGUGAUUUGUUGUUUUGGUAAUUGCCUCACUGCAUGCAUAUAUAAUACAAGUUUAAACAUAUAUUUAGUCAUGUCCGAUCCAGUGAAAGAAAUUGUUCCUCAAUCAUCAGCGAAAGAUCAACAUGAUUAUUCUUCUUCAUCAUCCACCGAUGGCGAUGACUUUCGACAACCCACAAAUGACAAGUCUCACCUCUUUGGCCGCCAGAAACCUGUCCAUGCAGCUCUAGGCGGUGGCAAACCUGCUGAUAUUUUGCUGUGGAGGAACAAGCAGAUUUCAGCUGGGAUGCUUGCUGCUGCUACUGUCAUUUGGCUUCUAUUUGAAUGGAUUGGUUAUCAUUUGCUCACUUUCAUUUGUCAUUCCCUCAUACUUACAUUGGCCAUCUUGUUCUUUUGGUCUAAUAUCUCCCACUUCGUCAACAAGAAUCCUAUGGAAUUUCCAGAAAUUAUAUUGCCGGAGAAGUUGUGGACACAAGUUGCUUUACUUUUGAGGGACAGAUUCAACUGGGCAUUUGCUCUUUUCUGGGAAGUUGCUUCUGGAAAAGAUUUGAAGAAGUUUCUCUAUACUAUUUUAGCUUUGUGGAUUGUAUCGAUUGUUGGCAGCUGGUUCGAUUUUCUCACCAUUGUUUACAUCUUAUUUGUUAUGAUGUUGACAAUACCAUGUUUCUAUGAGAAACAUGAAGAUCAAGUAGAUACCUAUGCACAGAAGGCCAAAAAAGAACUCAAGAGACAGUACAGUCAUUUGGAUGAGAAGGUUCUUCAGAAACUACCAAAAGUUCCUUUCGUUAAAGACAGUAAGCUGCAGUGAUGGCAAUCUAUUUCCAGGCGGUUACCGGCAUCACAGUAGGAGUCUCCUAAUUUUUUCAUUUUACAAGCAAUACUACCCAAAGAAUUCUUACGCUUCAGGAUGUUUAUAGAAAAGAGUUUGUAUGAUUCUCCGCAAUUCUAAGUGCAUUCCUCCGUCAAUCCCUAUCUAUUAUUUCCGUUGUUGUUGGUUAUUAGUUAUACAUAGGAGUGAAUCUAUACAUUACGAAGUCACUUUCACUAUUUGAAUCAGAAUUAAAGAUGAUAUACAAGCAAUUAUGAGAUUUUUAUGUCA